AUGCCAUCCGUAGGUCGUGUCGCUCUCCCUUUUGGUACGAAUCAAACCAUGCGAUAUCAUGCACAUACACUUGGUGAGGAGCUCAGAACUCUAGAAAUUGACGUUGAUAUGCAUAGCGACAAUAUCUCGCGUGUCUUGCUAGACACUGUUAGCGUUGUCGGCGCUAUCUUCGAAGCCCACUAUAAGAUGCUAGCCGCGAUGUACCAACCUACCAAAUCCGACUCGAUCUUAUACAAAAUUGCCCUGCCAGAAGGUAUUAUCGACGGUGACGCCCCUUACCUUUCUGCUGAAACGGUCGGCCUAGAUUGUGGAACUGUACCCACUGUACUAGUCGACGAGGAGCCGUUCCUUACAGCAAUGCAAGAACUUGCAUUAUCUGGCGACGUCAUGCUCCUAGUCACACAUCUGGAACAACAAAGAACCUUCUAUCACCAGGCUGUGCGCGCGUUGUUUCGCUUGAAUGAGUUUAAGGUCCAUUGGAACUUAAGGCUAGUCAACCUAAGUAACCCUGAGAUUGUCCGACAGAUCCGCAUAGGUCUUGGCUUCCUAGCACUCAACCUUGUCCUUUGCCCUUCCAACACUCAAUUAAGUGUGUAUCUAGUAGUAGCGAGCGAAGAGGCGAAAGCAAUGUCUGGUAUCCUCGAAGUUUCUGAGAUCGAGCAGGAAAGCGAGUACGAGCGGAUGUUGUUUACUCUUCUCCACCAUUGGCACUUACGUUUACACAACGAUAAGCCACUCUGUAGUGAGAAAAGGAAUACAGUGAGCUUUCCGGGCUACCAUGCGACACUGAAUGCCCGACUUAGUCUUACAAUAGUUUCAGCCUAA